AACACCAUAUCAUAUCCCUCUCUAUCUCAAUCUCUCUCUCUCUUCAGUCUCCGGCGACAAUGGCGGUGGUUCUUGGGAAUCUAGCUCUGACAAUGGACGUGGCGCCGGCUCGGAGUAUACUAUCGGAGCGGAAGGGCCGUACGGUGGCGAUCGAGAGCGGCUUGAGCCUUAAUUUGCCGCGGAGAUCAGAAAAUCAAGGGCUCAGCGCGUUUAUCGCCGGCAAGGGGUUCGACUCGGAGGGGGAGGGUCGGAGCCAGCGAGUUGUGGCCCGUGGAAAGGCGAAUUCGAAGGUGAACGGCGUGGAUCCCGAUGCGGGAUCGAGUGAUGGGGAGAACGGGAACGGGAGCGAGGAGUGGGACGAGGACUUCGACUGGGAGAAGGAAAUGCGGAGGAGAGUGAAGGAGAUCGAGGAGAGGAGGGAGUUGGAGAAGAAAGCGGAGGAGUUGCAAAGCCAGUUGGAGGAUGGAGAAGGCGACGGCGGGGACGAGACGGAGGAGCAGAAGCGGAUGAGAGUUAGGAAGGAGCUCGAAAAGGUGGCUAAAGAGCAGGCAGAGAGGAGAGCCACAGCACAGUUGAUGUUCGAUUUGGGGCAAAAAGCUUACGGGAAGGGCAUGUAUGGCCGUGCCAUUGAGUUCCUAGAAGGUGCACUAACGAUUAUACCUAGGACCACUUUGUUUGGCGGUGAGAUCCAAAUAUGGCUUGCCAUGGCGUAUGAGGCUAAUAACCGCCACGCGGAGUGCAUCGCUCUCUACCAGCAAUUGGAGAAAAGGCAUCCGAGUGUCAGCAUCCGACGCCAAGCCGCUGACCUUCGCUACAUUUUGCAAGCACCAAAGCUCAAGAUAUCCCAAGAGGAGAUGGUAACCAUACCAUUGAUUGGUUCUAGUUAUGACAGCUACGCAGCAACAUGGACUGAUAAAUACAAGGACAGUGAUCGGAGGAGCAUGGGAACGACCAAUCAGCUCCCAUCAUCCAAAGACUAUUUCGCGGACUUCCUUGUGUGGCGACCUCCAGUUGGAUUAGAGAAGAACCAGGGUUUUUGGAUAGCCUUGACAUUAUGGGUGGGCUUAGUUGGAGCAGCCCUCUUUCUUCAAAGAUGAAGUAUAAAUAAAUAAAUACACCCCUGUUUAUAUUUUAAUUUCUGCAUGUUAUUCAUCUCUAUUGACAUCAUGUGGUACUUGUAAUUAUAUUAUAAUUAUUAUUCAUCCAGCUCGUUGUGGAAA